AGCCCUCCCCCGCCCAACCGGAAAUGUUUAUGAUCCCCGGCUUAUGCGCAUGCCCAGAAGGUACUUCCGCUUCCUGCGUGACGUUCCGCAGUCCCGGCUUUUAGUAGUCGAGGUUGGUGGGCACUAACAGAGCCAACAUGCUGCGGAAUCUGCUGGCUCUUCGUCAGAUUUCCCAGAGGACCAUUACUACUGCUUCACGCAGGCAGAUUGAAAAUAAAGUUCGAGAGAAACAGAAGUUAUUUCAGGAAGACAAUGGAAUUCCAGUGCAUCUAAAAGGUGGGGUAGCUGAUGCCCUCCUGUAUAGAGCUACCAUGAUUCUUACAGUUGGUGGAACAAUUUAUGCCUUGUAUCAGCUGGCUUUGGCUUCAUUUCCCAAGAAGCAGGACUGACAUCAGUUAUCCUCCCAGCAAUGAGCUGGUUCAGUUUCAUUCAGCUCUCUAUGGACCAGUAAGCUGACGAUAGCUGAGUUCUUCUUUGGGAUCAAUAUUUAUUGACUUGUACUAACUGCCACCAAUAAAGCAGUCUUUACCAUG